CUGCCGAGACCCGCCUCCACCCGCCACAAAUUCCGUUACUCGGGGAAAAACGGAUUUAACAUGGCGCACUUUCUGGGAAAUAACUUGAGUUAGUUCGCGGCCGGUUAAGUGGAAUAUCGCUUGUUGUUCAUUUUUCUGAGGUCCAUGAAAACAUUGUUGUAGGAGAGCGCAGCGUUUCUGUGGCUGUUUGGGAAGCGAACUGCCAUGGGAUGAAAGUUUGAAGUUGCUGCCGCUGUGUAUAAAGCUAGAACAGGAUGGAGAAGCAUCGACCGAAGAAAGAAAGGUUCUCUCUCUUUGGCUCUCGCUCUUCUGGCCGAAGCACCAACCCUCCCUCUUCCUCCUCUUCAUCCUCUACCUCUGCUCCCCCCAUCCCUCCCACUCUCUGCAAGACAGACCCUCAUCCCUCCAUCCCUCCCUCUCUCCGUAAGACAGACCCUCAUCCCUCCAUCGCUCCCUCCAUCCCUCCUGGGCCUCCUAUCCUUUCUAAGACAGAGUUUUUGGAAGCAGUGCGUUGCAGUAACCAGGCAUGCCAGCGGGGGCAGUACAGCCAGGCGGUGCAGCUCUAUGGGAAGGCCCUGUCUGCAGACCCUCAGAACUGCAUCCUGUACAGUAACCGUUCAGCGGCCCAUCUCCGCCUUGGACAGUACCAGACCGCCCUGGACGACGCCCUCAAAGCCCGCCUGCUCAACCCCAAAUGGCCAAAGGCGUACUUCCGUCAGGGCGUGGCCCUGCAGUACCUUGGUCGCCAUGCCGACGCCCUGGCAGCAUUUGCCUCUGGUCUGGCGCAGGACCCCAAGAGUCUCCAACUAUUGGUGGGCAUGGUCGAGGCUGCCAUGAAGUCCCCACUACGAGACUCUCUAGAACCCACCUACCAGCAGCUGCAGAGGAUGAAGCUGGACAAGAGUCCGUUUGUGGUGGUGUGUGUGAUUGGUCAGGAGCUGCUGACCGCUGGUUACCAUGGAGCCUCGGUUGUGGUUCUGGAGGCAGGGCUAAAGAUCGGCACAUGCUCUCUGAAGCUCCGAGGUUCAGUGUUCUCUGCUCUCAGCUCAGCCUACUGGUCUCUAGGCAACGCAGAGAAGAGCACAGGAUACAUGCAGCAAGACCUGGAGGUCGCCAAGACUCUAGGUGACCAAUCAGGCGAGUGCCGGGCUCACGGGAACCUAGGGUCCGCCUACUUCUCCAAGGGCAACUACAGGGAGGCUUUAACCAAUCACAGACAUCAGCUGGUCCUCGCCAUGAAACUCAAGGACAGAGAGGCUGCGUCCAGUGCACUGAGCAGCCUUGGCCAUGUGUACACAGCGAUAGCGGACUACCCUAAUGCUUUGGCCAGCCAUAAACAGUGUGUGCUGUUGGCACAGCAGACGCAAUGCCCGCUGUCAGAGGCUCGCCAGCUGGGCAACAUGGGAGCUGUCUACACCGCACUGGGAGACUUCACCAAUGCUGUGCUGUGUCACCAGCAACACCUGGACAUAGCUAAGACCCUAGGUAAUGGGCGUGAGGAGGCGCGGGCGUACAGUAACCUGGGCAGUGCCCACCACAGCCAGAGAGACUUUGACAAGGCUGUGUCCUACCACACCCUGGUGCUGCAGCUGGCUCAGGAGCUGGAGGACAGGACCAUACAGAUGAGGGCUUACGCCGGCCUGGGACACGCUGCUCGCUGCAUGCAGGACUUGGAGAGGGCAGGCCAGUACCACCAGCAGCAGCUGGACAUAGCAGAGGAGCUGCAGGACAGAGCUGCAAAGGGACGCGCUUCGUCCAACCUGGGUAUAAUCCAUCAGAUGAAGGGGGAGUACGAUGCAGCGUUGAAGCUCCACAAUGCCCACCUGUGUUUGGUCCAGGAGCUGGGGGACUAUGCUGCUCAGGGCAGGGCCUAUGGGAACAUGGGCAAUGCCUUCAACGCUCUGGGGAUGUACGACCAGGCUGUGCGCUACCACCGGCAGGAGCUGCACAUAUCACUAGAGGUGAAUGACCGGCCCUCCCAGGCCUCUACCCAUGGUAACCUGGCUGUAGCCUAUCAGGCUCUGGGCGCUCACGACCGGGCUCUCCAGCACUACCUGCACCACCUGACCAUCGCACGCGAACUACGAGACACACAGAGCACGGCCAGGGCACUAGGUAACCUGGGUAACUUCCACUGCUGUAGAGGGGAGUAUGUCCAGGCGGUUCCCUACUACCAGCAGUACCUGACCCUGUCACCCCAGCUACAGGACCUGGAGGAAGAGGGCAAGGUCUGCCACAACCUGGCCUACACACACUACUGCCUGGGACAGUACAGAGAGGCCGUCAGGUAUUAUGAACAGGACCUGGCCCUGGCUAAAGACCUGGGGGAUAAGUUGUCCCAGGCUAAAGCCUACUGUAACCUGGGUCUGGCCUACAAAGCCCUGGGGGAAUACAACAGGGCUGAGGACUGUCAGAGAUACCUGCUGUCCCUGGCUCAGGCUCUCAACAACACACAGGCUGUGUUCCGUGCCCUGGGGAACCUGGGGGAUGUGUGUGUGUGUCGGGUUGACGUGGCCGGGGCGGUGAGGUUCUACCAGCAGCAGCUCACCCUGGCUCAGGAGGUCAAAGGCCACAAAAUGGAGGCUGACGCAUACUCAGCGCUAGGCUCCGCCCACAGACUCCUCCGUCAGUACGACCUGGCCCUGUCCUUCCACCAGCAGGAGCUGUCUGCCCGCACCGCUCUAGACGACCAACAGGGGCAGUGUGGUGCUCUGGGCCGCCUGGCAGCCGUCCACAUGGCCCUGACGGACUACGCCACAGCCUUCCAGUGCUACCAGGCCCAGCUCACCCUGGCACAGGGCCUCAGAGACGCCCGCGUGGAGGCACAGGUCCAGGGCAACAUGGGCAUUGCCAAGAUGAACAUGGGCGUCCUGGAGGAGGCCAUUGGGUAUUUUGAGCAGCAGUUGGCCAUGCUGGAGCAGCUGAGUGGGGCUGAGUGUGUGCUGGAUAGAGGCAGGGCCUACGGGAACCUAGCAGACUGUUAUGACUCUCUGGGAGACUUUGAGGAAGCUAUAAAGUACAGUGAGAUGUUUCUAACCGUGGCUCAGAGUCUCAACCAUGUUCAGGACCAGGAGAGAGCCUACAGGGGACUGGGCAACGCACACAGAUCUCUAGGUAGUCUCCAGCAGGCUUUGGUGUGUUUUGAGAAGAGACUGGUGGUGGCCCAUGAGCUGGGCGGAUCAGGAGGCGGAGAGGGAGGAGGAGGUGGAGGAGGGGGGAAGGCCCAGGCCUAUGGGGAGCUGGGAGACCUACACAGCCAGCUGGGAAAUUAUGAGCAAGCCCUGUCCUGCCUGGAGCAUCAGCUCAACAUCGCCUGCACCUCAGGGGACCGGGCACUAGAGGGCGAAGCGAGCGCGGCGCUGGGUGCAGUGUACCAGCUGAUGGGAGAGAACGAGGCAGCUCUGCAGUGGCACCAGAGCGCAUUAGAUAUUGCGGAGGAGACUGGAAGUGGGAGGAGUCAGGGAAUGGCCUAUGGGAACAUGGGACUGACCUAUGAGGCGCUGGGAAACUACGAAAAGGCUGUGGACUGUCAGGAGCAGCACCUGAGUGUGGCGGCGCAGAAUAAUGACCUCACAGCCAAGACACUGGCAUAUGGCAGCCUGGGGAGGACACACCAUGCGCUACAGAACUACACACAGGCUGUCAUGUACCUGCAAGAAGGUCUGCGUCUAGCGGAGCAGUGUGGGAGGAGAGAGGAGGAGGCUAAGAUCCGUCACCGUCUGGGCCUGUCACUGUGGGCCAGCAGCAACCUGGAAGAGGCCCAGCACCAGCUGUACCGAGCGUCUGCGUUGUUUGAGUCGAUUCGUCACGAGGCCCAGCUCAGCUCAGACUACAGACUGUCUCUGUUCGACUUGCAGACGUCAUCAUACCAGGCUCUCCAGAGGGUCCUCGUCAGCCUGGGUCAUUAUGACGAGGCCCUAGCAGUGGCCGAGCGGGGUCGGACCCGGGCCUUCGCUGACCUCCUGGUGGAGCGACAGCAAGGUCACCAACCCCUGACCUCUGACCCUUAUACCCCAACCCCUGACCCUUACUCGCCGGUAACCAUAGAACACAUCCUGGAUACGGUCAACAGUCAGAAGUCACUGGUGCUGUACUUCUCUCUGGCUGCAGGGUACCUCUACAGCUGGCUACUGGCACCAGGCACAGGUAUAGUGAAGUUCCAUGAGGUGUACCUGGGUGAGGGAGGAGCCGAGCUGCAGGCUUCAGAGAUCCAGGGGGGAGGAGUUAGUGGCUGUCAGACUCUGGAGCAGCACAUCACUGCAGCUAGAGAGGCUCUGGGAGUUGACACCUACUACAGCAGCAGUGAGACGGAGAAUGAAGCAGGUGAUCUGUUAGAACAACAGUUUGAGGAACGACUGACCUCAGCCAGCGACCCCACUGACUGCCUACACAGUCAGGUGUCCAGAAACAACGUCUUCAGCAGAAGUGGUCAGAGUUUGUCCAGUCUGGUCAGUUCUACAGUGUCUCCAGUGAGAGAGACCUCCUCCUCUCUACUCUGUAGACCCGCCCCCCUCACCAAACCCCCCCUACGAGCCCUUCACCACCUGCUCAUUGCACCUAUGGAGGAGGUGCUGAUGCCUGGCAGUGGUGCAGUUGGCAGACACAGACAGUUGGUGUUGGUGUUAGAGGGAGAGCUGUACCUGGUUCCCUUCGCUCUGCUCAAAGGUAGCUCUUCUAAUGAGUACCUGUAUGAGAGGUUCAACCUUCUAGCUGUCCCAUCUAUAGGGAGCCUGGGGGCUGCAGCCAAGUCCCACCCUCGUCACAGAGCUCCUUUCCUCUACAGCGGUGGGGGUUCUAUGACCGCAGUAGUGGGGGCUCCACACCUGCCCUCCAGGGUGAUGGAGCGUUGGCUGUGGGGGCCGCUGCCUUCUGCCCACGACGAGGCCCUCCGCCUGGGGGAACUGCUGGGUUGCCAGCCCCUCACUGGUACACAGGCCACCAAGGAGCGUGUGCUAGCAGCCAUGAGCCAGGCAGAGUGUGUUCACUUUGCUACUCAUGUCUCCUGGAAGCUGGCGGCCCUGGUUCUCUCCCCCAGCCAGGAUCCAGGGCUGGGCUCAGAAACACAGCCCAAGGAGAGUGCACCAUGUGGGGGAUCACUUUUACGCGAGAGUGGGGAUGUGGGAGCAAGUACUGAGCUACGGGAGGAGAGGAGUGAGGACGGAAGAAGUGUGUGUGACACAGAGAGUGUGUGUGACGCAGAGAGUGUGUGUGACAGUCCACCGCUACAGGACUUUCUGCUCACUGCGGCCGACAUACUGGACCUGAGACUGCCUGUGAAACUGGUGGUUCUGGGGUCGUACCAGGAGUGUGUCAGCAGAGUGACCUCAGACGGUGUGGUGGGGCUGUCCCGUGCCUUCCUGACAGCGGGGGUGCAGUGUGUGUGUGUGUCGCUGUGGCCCGUUCCCAUGGCAGCAUCCAAGGUGUUCACGCACAGCUUCUACACGGCACUACUGAACGGGACCAAGGCCAGUGCAGCUCUCUCUGAGGCCAUGAAGACUCUACAGAGCAGCACACACUUCUCACACCCGUCUAACUGGGCAGGCUUCAUGUUGAUUGGCUGUGAUGUGAAGCUGAACAGCCCCUCGUCUCUGAUUGGCCAGGCCCUGGCAGAGAUCCUCCAGUAUCCUGAGAGAGCUAGAGAUGCCCUGAGAGUUCUACUGCACCUGGUUGAGAAGUCUCUCCAGCGUAUACAGAGUCAUCAGAGUAACGCCAUGUACACCUCGCAGCAGAGCGUGGAGAAUAAGGUUGGUGGGGUCCCGGGAUGGCAGGCCCUGCUGUCAGCUGUGGGGUUCCGGUUAGACUGUUCUGGUACCGGCAGUGGUCUCCCCGCUGCUGUCUUCUUCCCUACGGCUGACCCUGGAGACCGGCUGCAGCUCUGCAGCACCACCCUGCAGUCGCUCCUCGGUCUGCCUCAUGCAGCCUUCCAGGCUCUCUGUAAACUGGUCACUGCUGCUGAGACUGGAGACCAGCUCAUCAACAAGGCUGUUAAAUAUAUGGUGGGAAUGCUUCACCAGGUAUUGUUUCAGCAGCAGUCAUGUGACAAGGAGCUGGAGUUCUCAUUGGCUCCCAUCCAGGUGUCCAUUAGUGUCCAGCUGUGGAGACUUCCUGGUUGUCAUGAGUUCCUGGCUGCGCUGGGUUUUGACCUGUGUGAGGCAGGACAGGAGGAGGUGCUAUUGAAGACUGGUAAACAGGCUAACAGACGGACCAUGCACUUUGCUCUGCAGUCUCUACUAGCACUGUUUGACUCUACGGAGCUGCCCAAACGCCUCAGCUUGGACAGCUCUUCCUCUCUUGAGUCUCUCUCCUCCUCCCAGUGUGCCUCCCACUCUCUCCCUCUCUCCCUCCCCCUCAACCUUCCCCAGCCUCCCUUCUCUCCCCCACUUGGCGGCGCAGACGGUCUCUCCUGUGACGCCAUCUCCCUCUACAGCCUCAGCUCACUCACCUCCUCUCUCAGCUUCCUGUCUCGCCCCGAACCCGCAGGAAGUGAUGUCAUCAGCCAGCGCUCACGGCAGCAGGAACUGGAGCGGCACCGCGGAGGAGCGGGGUUAUUCGCCUCGCACCGACACACAGGAGGCAUGUUGAGAAACAGAUUAACAAAUCACAGAGGAGGAGGAGGGACAGAGGGGGAGGAGCAGGAGGAGUAUGAAGGCUUCUCCAUCAUCAGCAGUGAACCUCUGGGGGGAGGAGGGGGGAGGGAGUGUGACACCUUACCCCUCCCUGGGGGAUACAGACACCUUAGAGGAGCGGGGAGGGGAGGCGUGGUGGGGAGAGGGUACCCCGUCUCAGUCUCCUCUAAGGGGAGUGUCAGCACUCCCACCUCACCGCUCAAAGUCCCCCUGCCGCCCCUGGCCAUACCCCCCAGCCCUAACACACAAGCUAAGUCCCAGGGCUCUCAGAGCGUGUCUAAAGGUCAGCUGGUCAGUACAGAGGCGGUGCUCUCUGAGUCUGACCAGUCCAGUACAGAGACAGACAGCACCGUCAAGUCCCAGGAAGACAAGCCUCCCCCCACCCCUCUGGACCCCCAGGAGCUGGCCAGCAGGAUCCUGUCAGAGACCCAAAGCCACAUGCAGGCUGUGGAGAGCCUCCAGAGGGGGAGGACAGGAAGGGCAGGCAACGGAGGAGGGGAGGAGGGGUUAAGGGGACCAGAACGUAGACCCUCCUGCACCUCAGCCCGUCUGACCCCCGCCGCAGGGGGUUUGGGCUUCCGUUCGUCUGAGACCAGCGCUUUCAGCAGACCCAGUAGUAGAGCCAGCCUACAGGCCCGGGCUUCACCUCUCUCACCACUCCCUUCCCCCCUCUCCACGCCCCUUCUCUCCACAAGGUCCAAACCACCCUCUCGUUCCUCAUCCUUACAGAAGAUCAGCUCCGGCUACAACAGCACGACCCUAUCCUCCCGCUCUCCCUCCCUCUCUUUCUCUCACCCCAACCCCUCGCCCUCCAGAACCCCAGACCCCCACAUCCAGGCGCAGCUCAGACAUAAAUACCCUAGCUCCCCUUAUACCCCCCACAUCUCACACUCCCCCAAUAGCAUCUCCAUCUCCCCCAGCUCAGGCCACCCUUCCCCAGUCGGAAGCUUCCCAUCCUUGGCUGCAUCCCCAGUCCUCUCCCUGGCCCCUUCCCCUGCCCUCUCUUUCUCCUCCACAGGUUCCACUUCUGCCCGCUCCAGCCCGGCCGAAACCCCAGACCUGGGCCGGUUGAAACGGGCAGGCCUUGUGGACGAGAGGGUACAGGCCAUCCACAACCUGAAGACCUUCUGGUCCAACGCCACCCAGAGGCAGGAGGUUCCCGGCCCAGGCAGGGUGCUCCGAGGUGGUGGGAAGAAGAUGAGCACGGUCCAGAAAGAUGUCCUGGGGCUCCUUCACCUCUCUCCAAGACAUGGAUCCACCAACCAGAACCAGGACACUGAAGGGCCCCAGAGCCCUACCAACCCACCUGACGGACACAAGAAGCUGGUUUCAAAACCGCCAGUGGUGCUUCCUCCUCAUACUGCUACUGACUCCUUUUUGGGAGGUAGUCCCGGAGCACCCCCACACCCUGUCAGACUGCCCUCGGGGAAAGGCUUCAAGUUCCCCUCGCCUGGGAAGUUCUUCCCCUCCUCUAAAUGCUGAGAGGGGUUAGAGACUCUUAAUGGUUAGAGAUCUACUCCUGACUCUGAGGCUCUUCUAGUGGAUUAUGCUAGCUGGGCUGUGUGCUAUGAAAGGGACUGAACCUUACACUAGCAAGAAGGCCAAAUGGGGACAACCAAAACUGAAGUUCUGAUUUGCAUUAGUUAAAUAGAAAGUGGGAAUGGGACACUUUGCAGUGACUGACUGCUCCCUAGUGGAGAGGAAAGGAAGGACAGAGCAGGGACAGGUCAUAAAGGAGAAGAGUGCAAUCACCCUGAAGGACAGAGGGGGACAGACUGGACUCUGUAUAACUCUGGGUUGAAAUCUGCCUGAGAUUCCUCACUGACAUGUAGUCCCCUUGCCUCCUCCUACACUGUAAAGACACUUUGAUACAGGCAGACUGUUAGAAUGACUGAAAAUACCAAUAUGGUGUUUCUAUUUUUGACCUAAAACGCUCGCUGUUUGCGAAAGUCAAUAAAAUGCUAAAUGGAACUGUUUUAAUUCUGAUUUAUUUGAAUAUAAUUAUUGUGAAUUGUUAUUACCAAGGUUCGUAACUGUUAUUAUCGUUAUUAUGUUUUGUAAAUUAAAUCCUGUGCUUUGUAAUCAGUAUUACGUGUUUUUAUAUAUUAAGAAGCAAAUGGUGCACAAAAAUAAAUAAAAACAUUUCAUAUUUUUAUUGAAGUUUUGAAAAGGCACGAGACAAUUUCUUUGUAAAGUAAGUGUUAGUCUGAAAGCAUUAAAUAUAUUGCUAUUCAAUAUUUCAAUGUCUUUUUAACACACAUUUUGCACCAGUGGACCCUUGUUAAAGAUGCACUAUGCAGAAAUCACUCUGCCAUUUCCUGGUUGCUAAAAUUCUAAUAGUUCUGCUUAUUUCAGUUUAGUGUAGAGAUGUAUAGUGUAGAGAAUCAUUGUACCAUCUAAACUGCUGUGAGAUAUAUUUUCCAUAACCAAAAAUAUUGUAUUUUCAGCUGUUUGAAAAUGGUAUACAAAACUGAAAGUAAAAGAUGGAAAAACAAAAUGUUAAACCGGGGAGCAUAGAAAUAGCGCACAUAGAACAUAUACAGCUUCUUAGACUUGCUUUCAAUGAAUGACAGAUCUAUAACUUCCAUUUCUAUGUGAAUUUGGUCAGGUCGCCCGAAAAGUUACAUAUUGCCGCUUUAAACGUGCAUCUCAGUUCUUUCCCAGUAAAAUAAUUGAAAUAAAGGUUUACUCUCUUGUCAGCUUGUAAUGGUUUAUGAAGAGGGAUGUUACUGAC